UCCCGGCAGGUUCCCAGCAGAUUCCCGGCAGAUUCACGGCAGGUUCCCGGCAUGUCACAGCUCUUCCCCCCCGCAGACGUGGAGGUGCGGCGGCCGCUCCUGGACCAGAGCCUGCUGGACUCAGAUGAAGGGGAAGUAAUUUUCGACAGGAGGGGAUCAGGAAACGCAGGUGAAGCUGCUGGAAACGUAACAAGAAAACUGACGUACGAGGAUGCAGUUGAAGAAGCAGGCUUCGGUCUGUUCCACUGGCUGCUGCUGCUGGUGUGCGGCUGGGCCAACGCCAGCGACGCCGUCGAGAUCCUCUGCGUGUCGUUUCUGCUGCCGACGGCUCGCUGCGAUCUGCUGCUCAGCUCCUCGGACAUGGGCCUGCUCACCGCCAGCAUCUUCCUCGGAAUGAUGGUGGGCGGCUACAUGUGGGGAUAUCUGGCCGACCAGAGGGGGCGCCGCCGAGUCCUGGUGGUUUCCCUGAGCAUCAACGGGCUGUUUGGAAGUCUGGCCAGUGCGGCGCCGUGGUUCUGGCUCUUCCUGCUGCUGCGGUUCAUCAGCGGCAUCGGGGUCGGCGGGUCGAUUCCCGUCAUCUUCUCCUACUUCUCAGAGUUCAUGCCCCGCGUGAGGAGAGGCGCGAUGAUCAGCGCGCUGGCCACCUUCUGGAUGGCGGGAAACAUCCUGGCUGCAGGUCUGGCCUGGAUGGUGAUCCCCAGAACCUGGGCUCACUUCUCUCUGGGCGGUCUGGACUUCCAGAGCUGGAGGCUGUUUGUGGUGCUGUGCGCCGUUCCCAGCAUCACCUCGGCCGUCCUCUUCCGGCUGCUCAUGCCGGAGAGCCCCAGGUUCCUCAUGGAGGCGGGCCGAGAGGAGGAAGCGAUUUAUGUCUUCAGACUGAUGUUUGAACUCAACAAUAAGGGAAAAGACAAGGCUUUCCCGGAAUUUGUUUUGUGUACGAGCUAUAAGCAGAGAGGGGAACUGGACGAGAUCAGAGCUCGGGAUUCACGAAGAGAAAAUCUCACAAGCAUUUUGAAAAAGGCCUUGGUGCCCAUAAAGCAGAUAUUUGCCGGUCCUCUCAAAGCCAGGAGCAUCGCUCUGCUCAUCAUCUUCUACUGCAUAUCUUUUGGUUACUACGGCCUGUGGAUGUGGUUCCCUGAGCUGUUUGAAAGAGUUGAAGAUGGUGGAGCGCCGUGUGCCAACGUGUCGCUGCCGUCGCCCCUCCACAACCAAAGUUGUUACCCGGUCAAGACAGCAGUGUACAUGGAGGGCUUCAUCAUCGCGGCGUCAAACCUGCCAGGAAACAUCUUCACCAUCCUGGUGAUGGACAGCACUGGAGGGAAGGUGCUUCUGGCCGGCAGCCUGAUGGUGUCCAGUCUGAGCGUCUUCCUCAUCUACGUGGUUCAGACCAAAGUCCAGAGUCUGGCCCUCUCCUGCGUCUUCAGCGGGGUUUCCGUGAUCGCCUGGAACGCCCUGGACGUGGUGGGAACCGAGCUCUACCCAACACAGCUACGGUCCUCUGCCCUGGGUUUCUUCACGGGAGUGGGUCGAGUGGCCGCCAUCAUGGGCAGCAAGCAAAGCAAAUUCGUCUUCUGA